AUGGAUAAAACCUGGGUAAAGCUGAAUAGGUGUAGCACUGAAUAUCUUGUUGGUAUGCAUAAUUUUGUUCAACACUCAUUGCGCGUUGCUGGACGAGAUGGGCUGAUCAAGUGUCCAUGUCGACUUUGUUGCAACCGGGAUUCAUUUAGUCCUGCUACGGUGAAGGAGCACUUGAAGGUGGAUGGUAUGGAUCCUGUUUAUGAGGAUAUGUUGUGGGUUGAUCAUGGUGAGGCUCUACCAGAGCCUGUAUUCGUUGAUGAGAUGGAACAAGAAUAUGAGGUCCAAGAUGAACCUUUAGACAUGCUUCAUAUGUUGACUGAUGUAUUUGCCACCAACAGUCCUUGUCAUUCACCGUAUGUUGGUGAGGACGGUUCACACACUAAUGUGAGACCAUCAGAUGCAGAGAGAUUUUACAAUUUGAUUGAAGAGGCUAACAUCAGUUUGUACCCAGAUGGUGAGACAUUACCUUGUAGUUUGUAUCAAACAAAGAAGUUAAUCACUGGUCUUGGUUUAACUUAUCAGAAGAUUGAUGCGUGUCCAAAUGACUGCAUUCUCUACUGGAAAGAUACGGCGAAUCUUGAGUAUUGUCCCUCAUGUGGAGAAAGCAGGUAUCUAGUAGAUACAAUUGAUGACAAUAACCAGACUAGGAAAGUUUCAGCCAAAAUAUUGAGGUACUUCCCAAUUAUACCACGUCUUCAGCGCCUUUAUAUGUCGAGGGUAACAUCUAAGUUUAUGUCGUGGCAUGGCACUGAAAGACCAAAAGAUGGGUUAAUGAGACACCCAGCAGAUUCUCCCGCUUGGAAAGAGCUGGACAGAUUACAUCCCUCUUUCGCAAGAGAUAUGCGUAAUGUUCGCUUGGGUUUAGCAAGCGAUGGUUUCAAUCCUUUCGGGCAGAUGAGCUUGUCCCAUAGCACUUGGCCGGUUGUGAUAGCCAUUUACAAUCUCCCUCCUUGGUUGUGCAUGAAGAAGCCAUACAUGCUGUUGUCACUUAUAAUUCCAGGUCCAAAGGCUCCCGGCAAUGACAUUGAUGUGUAUUUGGCUCCUUUGAUUGAUGAACUCAAAUCUUUAUGGGAAGUUGGCAUAGAAACGUAUGAUGUGCAUGCAAAAGAAAGUUUCACCAUGAGAGCAGCACUUUUGUGGACAAUAAAUGAUUUUCCGGCAUAUGCUAAUCUAUCAGGUUGGAGCACAAAGGGAUACAAGGCUUGCCCAAAUUGUGGUGAUGACUCUAGCUCAUUUCGGUUAAAGCACAGUCAAAAGAUAUGCUACAUGGGACAUCGUCGUUUCCUUCCAAUCAACCAUCGGUGGCGAACUCAACGACGACCUUUUAAUGGAAAAGAGGAACACAGAACUGCUCCUAUUCCACUUUCAGUUCACGAAUCCCUCAUCCAAUUGUCUAGCUUGCAAUUCAAGUUUGGUAAAGGGACUAACGUUCGAUCGGCUCGAAAGAAGAAAGGGACACCAGCUGCCUAUUCUGGACAAUGGAAAAAAAAGAGUAUCUUUUACCAGUUGCCAUAUUGGAAAGAUUUGCUUCUCCGUCACAAUUUAGACGUGAUGCAUAUAGAAAAAAAUGUUUGUGAGAGCAUUGUUGGAACACUAUUAGGGAUUGAUGGAAAAAAUAAAGAUACUAUCAAAGCACGUGCAGAUUUGGAGGAACUGAACAUCUGGCCUAACCUACACCCUGAGCGCCGAGGGCCCCUGAUGGCCACUCCUCUAAUCUAUCUAAUUGUGUGCAAGUGA